AUGAGGAAUUUACACACCUCCCGAACCUCCUCUUCCAAAGAGCCCGCCUCUUCCUCCGGCAGGAUGCCCUACGACCGCUCCUCCACCGCCGCGCCCUCAACCUCAGCCUCGGCCUCAACCACGUCCUCACGCCACCCUCCACCCCUCCACCCCCCUUCCCUCGCAAAACGCCUGCCCGUCACCCCGAAGCUCGCCGGCAAACCCGCUCCCACCUCUACCGCCUCCACCUCGGCCUCGGCCUCGCAGCGGCAGACUGUCACUCUUGCCACUCCUGUUCCUCGGAGGUCUACUCGCCCUUCCUCUGUCGUCAGCCAUGCCAGCCAUGCCAGCCAUGCUACAACUACCGCCCUUCAGAACAACGCUACUCCAAGGUCUGGCUCCCGCCAGAGCCGCGUCACAAGUGCCAAUGCGUCCCCAUCCCCGGCAGACGCCGCAGCCGCCGAUCACUGGGAGACGCGGUCAGGCUUGGGCAUCUCCGGCACUGCCCUCGACUCCGAUGCUGGCACUGGUGCUCUGCAGAGGAGUGAGACGGCUCCCACCCCGCGCGAAUCAAAGUUCUUCUAUGCCAGCGAUGCCUCCAGGACCGCCCAAGCCGCUGCUCCUGGCCCCAGGCCAGCACUACCGCAAAAGGGCCCGACCUUCUUUUACGCCAACGGCAACAAUCUGCCUCCAAAACCUAGUCCUCCCACCUCGGUCCCGUCCGCGCCCUUCUCGCCGCCUCUCGCCUCUUCGACACCAGACUCCUUGGCCAGCAAGUUCAUGUACGCCAAUGGUUCUCCCGACCUACAGCCCAGCUUGAUGAAGUCCGGGUCUGGCUCUGCCCACUCGGCCAACUCAAGAAUGACCUCCAGCAAGCACGGUGCUGGGUCCCAGUCACCAGCUCCGUCGUCACAGAGGAUGCCAUCGCCGGCCAAGGCCACAGGCUACCCGCCACCUCCACCUCAGCCUCAGUCCCAGUCCCAGUACCAGUCCCAGCCCUCGGCCGGCCCUUCGAUAGCUGAGAGGCGCAGUAUGAUCACGUCUGCACCUCAGCUAGGCCCGGUCCAACUCCAACGAUUUGAGGCGUGUCAGCGCGGAGGCCGCUCCCAGGAGGGCGCCUGGGCACUCGCGCUCAGGAAGCCUGGUGGCAGAAGCUCCACCGGCGCCACGCGCCGUGGCUUCGACCCAAAGUCGGCCAGUGGAAAUGACCCACUCAACGAGCUGGUUGCCAACGCUAGGAGGGAGCGGAAAGUGCAAGACCUGCAGAUAACGAAUGCGUCCCUGGAAGCCAUCAACCGGACUCUAGAGCGGCAGUUGCGGAAACAGACCAACGAGCUGCGGCGGUACAAGCGGCUGACAAGGGCCGGUCGGCUCUCGUCUGCCAACACUGCCGCCUCGUCCCGCAUCCCCUCGACUUCCACCGCCAGUGAGGCCCCAGAAGGCCCCUUGAACAACCUCGGCCUGACAGACCUGAACCAGGACUCUGGGACGGAGCCCGACGACGAAUCCACGGGCGAGUCCGAGUUGUCAGAGUCAGACUCUGCAGGAUCUGCGCAGAUGAGCCCUAGCACCAUCGCGAUGAGGGACGCCCAGCAAAGGAAGCGCGACGAGAAGCGCCUCCAAGUCGACCUCUCGAAGCAUCAACAGCUUCUUGUCGAUAGCCAGAAGAUGAACCAAAGCCUGAAAAGAUGUCUCGGAUGGACCGAAGAGCUCAUCAGGGAAGGGAAGAGGGCCCUGGACUAUCAGGUCAGGGUCAGCGAGUUUGACGUCGACGGUCGUGCAGUGCCUGAGGAAAGUAACCAGCCGUAUAUCUACGACGGGGCGCAACUAUGGGACCACGCUUCCGAGCAGCGUCGUGCCAGCAGUGACAGCGAGUAUGGCCAGUCAGACGGUGAUGCCGACCGGGACCCUGAGGAGACCAUGAAGCUGCGCAUAGAACGAUUGCGGCCAGCAGAACAGGAGACUGGUGCGAAGAGCACCCAGGACAGAGAUAGCGGUAUAGUACUGUCAGGCGAUGGAAGUUGA